CAGUGCUGGGCUGCAGGUGAAAUGUAAGUGCCUAUUGGCCACUGCCCAAGCACAUCGUAUCCACGACAGAAAGGAACGACCUUUUCUUCAUGAUUGAAUUCAUACAACACGGAGAGACUUGGCAAAGACAGGUAUAUAUGCUGAGAAAUCCCAUCUUCUGGGUGAAGUUGUGAGUAAUAUAGAAUUGAUGUCAGACUACUAUCAGAAGGCCACAAUACCAUUUGCCAUAAAAGAAAGUGACAGCCUGUUUCAGAAGUAUGAAGAGAAGAAACUGUUAAAGAGAACUGCUGAGUAACUCACUCACUCCCUUUGUGUUUGUGUGUGUGUGUGUGUGUGUGUGUGUGUGUGUGUGUGUGUGGAAAUGUUAACAAGGUGCAUUAUUGUUGAGGUUAGGGACCAUUUGAGAGCUUGUAAUGUAUAUAUUUUAUUAAAAGAAAAAAUUCAGAAGAGUGAUAUUUUCCAAGUUAGUGUGAAGGCAUCACUAAUAUUAUUGACAAAGAUUGCUGAUAAAACUACAGUUUCACAAAAAAUAAAAGUAACCACAUGUUCUCUCAUUCCUUGCAGUCUGUCAAAUUUAAAUAUGCACAGCAAUUAUGUUUGCUUUAGACUGCUAACUGAACCAAACAAUGCUGUUUCAGGUUCAUUUGCUUCAGAAGUGUUACCACUUGUAAAUUUACAUUGCAAAAAUAAUGAGUUUGUUUUCAUUCCAAUGUUGCAGAAAGGAAAGUCUUAUGAUAUUCAUUGCAAGUGUUGCUCUAAUAUGGUAUCAGUGUCAUCUGUAACUUUCCAAAGAUUUCUGCCGUUGCCUAGUGGUUUCUUGGAAUUUGAAGAUUAUUUUUGUCAUGCUCAUGGUCAGCAGAAUAAUCUCCAGUCCGCACCCUUGUGUAAAUCGUGUGACUGCUUGUAUGGUUCUUAUUAUUUCUUAAUUAAGCCACAUUUACUUAAAGUCAGUAGUGCAAGUGUAAUUAAAUGUGAUCGUUGUCUGUCUUGGAUAGGUACUCUUAACAAAGAUUUUGCAAAACUCUGGAGUUGCACUGUGUCAUUUGGUGCCGUGACAACGACAUCACAACCCCUAGAAGACUUCCUUAAUGUAAUGAAAGAAUCUCUUGAAGGCAUGCCUGCCUCUGCUGGUAAAGUUUUAAUUGAGUGUGUUGUGUCAGAUAGUAAUACACACUACAUUCUCCUGUGGGCAUUAGACAAAUUCCUUAAUGUACAUUGUAAUUUGAAUGGAAAAUGUUCUGCUGUUAGUGAAUCAGUUACUAAUAGUACUGUGACUAUUGUAGCAGAAACAAGUCUGCAGACCAUGCAUACUAUGAAAGUUUUGUAUAAAUAUCAGGAGUGUGCUUCAGAUUGUGUAGGGCUAUGGCAGAAUGACAAGAAUGUACAUACUGUUGAUGUAGCAAAGCAAAUGUUCAUUGCUGGUUUACAGCAUCUAAUGAAACAAACAGAAUACAUUCCAGAACCUUACAAGAUUGUUGAGGAUUUCUUUGUUGCAUAUAUUGAAUUGUAGAUGCAGUUUACUUCCAACAGUGAUGAAAAUAUAAUUACUUUAAAUGCUCUUUUAAUUUCAGCAUGACAGUGUUGUGUGAUAACAGCCAGACUGUUUGUUGCGAUCUUAAUGUAAUAAAACCGAAUUUUUUGCUCAUGUA